AGGUGGGGGUAGAGGUAGAGGAGGUAGAGAAGGGGGAGGAGAAGCCGCCGGGUACGGAGGGCAGGAGGGACAGUUUGCUGGCUUGAUUGCUUGCUUGCUUGCUUGCCUGCCUGCUUGCCUGCCUGCACAUCUACAUAGGUAGCUAGCUAGCUAGCUAGCUGGCGCGUGCGUGCUUGCUUGCUUGCUUGCUUGCUUGCUUGCUUGCUUGCUUGCUGGCGAGGCUGGGCUGGAUUCCGCGGCUGGAUAGACGACUCUAGCGCGGGCUCUGGGAUGGAGUUGGGGGUUAUGGAGCAUGGUGUGCGUAUGGGUAUGGAGAUGCUGGCGGUGGGUUGGGGCGGAUGCGUCGUGCGAGACCUGUGGAUGGGGAGGUAUCUGGCGUCCUCUCUUUCAUUUGCACCCUUUCUCUCACACUUAGGGUCAUCUGCACACUCACGCACACACUCUCUUUGUCGGUGUUUGUGGGUUUGGGUGUGGAAGGGUGUGUGGAGGGUAUGGGUGGAGCUCUUCUAUUUCUCAGAAAGCAGUAUUGGCUGGGUAUCAAAUAGCAGCAGUGCUCUUGCGUUCAUGCACUUCGUACCUAUACAUGCCUCUUCUGCACUCUCUGGUCUACAGUACAGUACGGCACUGAAGACGAUACCUAGGAGGAACACGCCUAUCCCAUCACAACCACAACCAACAAACAGUGCUAGAGAAAAAACGAAACGCAAGCCGCUGAAUUACUUUAAUAAAAAAGUCGUGUAUAGUACAAAGUCGUAUCCGUCAUACUCAUUCCCUGCCUAAGUAAGCACGCAGGCAGGCAGACUACUGCUCUGCUC